CGCUGGGCGGCCGCCAGCUCGCACCUGGCACCUGCUGCCUGCUCGGCCGGGCUAGCGCCGCGUCCCCUCCCGGGGGUGUGUGUUGGGGGGAGCCCUCUUUCCGACUGUCAAAAUGGUUAUCAAAGUGUUUGUUGCCACAUCUUCUGGGUCCAUAGCGAUUAGGAAGAAGCAGCAAGAAGUAGUGGGCUUUUUGGAAGCUAAUAAGAUCGACUUUAAGGAAUUGGACAUUGCUGGAGACGAAGACAACAGGAAGUGGAUGAGGGAGAAUGUUCCUGGAGAGAAGAAACCUCAAAACGGGAUCCCUUUGCCUCCCCAGAUCUUCAAUGAAGAGCAGUAUUGUGGGGAUUUUGACUCUUUCUUCUCUGCCAAAGAAGAGAAUAUUAUUUAUUCAUUUCUUGGUUUGGCUCCCCCUCCAGGCUCAAAGGUGACGAAAUCAUCCGAGGAGGCAUCUUCCCUUCCCAACGGUGAUGUCGUGGGAGAGGUGCAGAGCGCCACAGAGGCAACAGAGAAGGCUGAAGAAAGUGGAGAAAAUGAGGCACAAAAAGAGGACAAUGAGGAUUCGGGCAACCUCGCUGAGUCUCCAGAGAAGAAUGAAUCUGAGAGUAUUAUUCCAGAACCGGCCAAGAACAUGGAGCUGGACUGA